AUGGAGAAACUGUGUAUCAAAGUGAAGCAGCUCCAGCCCAGUCGGACCGUCUUCCACGGAAUUGUGCCCGGCCUUUCUUGCUCACCAAUCGGCAAGAUCAAGAUAGAUGUCCUCUUCAGAGAUAAGAAUCAUUUCCGAUGCGAGCUAGUGGGCUUGGAGAGCCCGUAUCAUGCAUUUCUUGGCCGACCUGCUCUGACCAAAUUCAUGGCAGUACCGCACUACGCCUACCUCAAGAUGAAGAUGCCGGGAACCAAGGGUAUUAUCACCAUAGCUGGAGAUUACCAAAAAUCGGCCGACUAUGCAGCAGACAGCAGCCGGUUGGCCGAGUCCCUGGUGAUUGCCGCAGAGAGGAAGCUCCUGGACCGGGUGGUGGCCAUGGCCAGCAAGCACCUGUACCUGUCACCAGAUCCCAAAGAGUCAGAGACCCAGGCCUCCUUCCAGCCGGCUAAAGAAACAAAGAAGGUCCCCUUGGACCCCGAGCACCCGGAGAGACACGCUGUCAUAGGUACCAACCUCGAUAGCAAAUAG